AUGUAUCGGCAGAUACUCGUGCAUCCGGAUGACUGCAAAUUCCAAACGAUCCUGUGGCGUCAUUCAACUGAUGAUGAAGUGCGAGAGUACCAGCUGAGAACGGUCACCUACGGUCUGGCGUGUGCCGGCGCGCGCCUACCCCACUAUCAAUCGAGAAUUCAUAGCGACUUAUUGUCAGCAAGUGACAAGGCGGGCGGGAUAGAAAUUAUUGGAUAUGUGGACGGAAUUGAAGCUUCACGAUCUGUUGGUAACAACAAACAAUAUAAAUUUUUUAAAUUUUACCUUAAUAACGGAAAUGGUAAAAGAAUACAAAUUGUAGCAUGGAAUGUUAACAUAGAUUUGGUUGAAAACUAUAUUCAAACUAAUCGUAUUAUAUACUUGGAUGGUGUACAAGCUAAACCGCCAAAGGUGGCAUUAUACAACAAUGGCAAUAUACCAUUUGAGUUACAAAUUUUAAAUAACACAAUAAUUUCGACAUUAAGCAAAUACAAUGAAAAUUUAUCAAGUUCAGAGCCAGAAAAAAUUAAACUUUGUGAUGUAUUCAAUACCUCAAAUCGCAUCUUAUUAGAAGGAUAUAUCAAAACUAAUUUAAGCAGUAUACAUAAUAUCAAAUUGAAUAAAAUCAUUGGAUGCGGAUCAUUAACGGACGGUGUUUAUAAAUUUGAAGUACACAUUGUUAAUUUAGAAGAUGAUUAUUACGAAAUGGAUAUCCGAAAGGGUGACAAAAUAGAAAUUAUUGGAAUGAUGAGCAAUACAGGU